AUGCGUCUCCGUUCAUCAAAGAUGACUUUCUCUGACAAGGAAGGUCCUGAUGUUAUGACGAAUACACUGCCAAAACAGCCAUUCCGAUUUCUCGACUUGCCGAAAGAACUCCGGUUUAUGGUCUAUGAGGAGCUCAUGAACAACGAGGCUAACUCUAUCAAAUUCACCCCGCCCAAAGGAUUCGACAUCGAGUAUGUCUAUCUGGAUGGGAUGUAUUACCCAAACCUGCUGCAAGUCAACAAGCUAGUUCACGAUGAGUACUGGUCUCUGUGUCUUCGCAAAUCCAUACUGUGGAUCACAUACAACUGCAGCGACCCCAACACAUCCGACGAGGACAUCAGUGAAGCGGACGACGUGGGAUUCCCUCGCCUAUCAGAGUGGCUAAAGAUACCAACCAAAGUGCUGGUCAGGAUCACAGAAGUGGUGUUCAGGUUCGGAGCGAUGUUUUUGCUUCCCCGAAUCAAUCCUUUCUCCGGUAUUGCCGACUGCACCGAGGAGUUGCCCAGCUUAAAGCUCAUUUGCAUAUGGUCUGAAAUGGAGAUGGAUCUUAUCGACUCUACUCUGUUUUACGCAGGGAUUGAGAUGGAUAUGUGGUUCGAGAAAUUUGUCGACAGCAUUUUCGACGAGCAAGCCCGUUUCUUGGACGUUAUGGAAGCAACGUGUCGCGACUUUGACAUGCGUGUCGAUUGCGACCUGUAUACGCCACUGUAUGAGAUGAACAAGCGACUUCGUUGGCCUCGUAGCAAGCAUCUCACCCAAGGUGUCGCCCCGCUUGCGGGUCUUCCAGAAUGGGGCUACGCCUUUUUCAACGUGGUCCCCGAAUGGAUGCAUGAAGAGGAAGAUUCGUUCACGUACCACGGCCAAGAGUUGCAGUUCUCGCAUGUAGAACGCCAUUUUCCUACGCUCGAAAGGUCCUCUUACGAAAACGCGUCCAGCGAAGACGGUUAUGAGUUUGAUGAAUCUGGUUGGGCGAUAGACUGA